CGGGGGCCCGGCCACUCGGAGCAGCUCCGCCGCGGGGACUGCACCGCCCGCCCUGCCGGACCCGCCCCGACCGACCGGGGCUCGAGGCCUGCAGCAGCCGCAGCACCCACCGCGACCACGGCCCAGCGCGGGCCAUGUCUGUGCCCCGGGGCUGAGCGCUCAGGCUGUGUGACCGAGCUCCCCCACGGAGAGACUGAGGAGAGGACAGGAAGGAGGGGCGGGCUCCUGGCAAGGCAUUCGCUCCUGAGCUGAGUCCUGCAAAAGAUGGAGAAGGAGGAGGAGACAACGCGGGAGCUGCUGCUGCCCAACUGGCAGGGCAGUGGCUCCUCCCACGGGCUGACCAUUGCCCAGAGGGAAGAUGGCGUCUUUGUGCAGGAGGUCGUGCAGAAUUCCCCUGCGGCCCGCGCUGGGGUGGUCAAGGAGGGGGACCAGAUUGUGGGUGCCACCAUCUACUUCGACAACCUGCAGUCGGGAGAGGUGACGCAGCUGCUGAGCUGCAUGGGGCACCACACCGUGGGCCUGAAGCUGCACCGUAAGGGGGACCGCUCCCCUGAGCCUGGCCAGACCUGGACCCAGGAGGUCUUCAGCUCCCACUCCUCUGAAGUGGUUCUGAGCGGGGAUGAUGAGGAGUACCAGCGCAUCUAUGACACAAAGAUCAGGCCUCGGCUGAAGUCGGAGGACGGCGUGGAAGGGGAGACCCAGAGCCGCACCAUCACGGUGACUAGAAGGGUCACGGCCUACACUGUGGAUGUGACGGGCCGGGAAGGAGCCAAGGACAUCGACAUCAGCAGCCCUGAGUUCAAGAUCAAGAUUCCAUGGCACGAACUGACCGAAAUCUCCACUGUGGAUGUGCAGAGCCAGCCUGGGAAGACCGUGAUCAAGCUGCCCUCGGGCCUGGGGGAAGUGUCUUCAGCCACGGGCUCUGCUGUGGACAUUCAAGCAGGUUCCAUGGUCACUUCCGGACCGGAGCUCCAAGGUGCCGGCCACUCGAAAUUCCAGGUCACCGUGCCUGGUGUAAAGGUGGGAAGCUCAGACAUCAAUGUUGGUGCAAAGGGCUUAGACUUGGGUGGCAAAGUGGGAGGCCACGUUCCCGGAGUGGGCAUGUCAUCUGCUUUUAGGGGUGGGGCGGUAGAGGUACAGGGCCCAUCUCUUGAGAAAGACAAUAAUGGAAAAAUUAAAAUGCCCACCGUGAAGGUGCCAAAAUUUGGUGUCUCUGGAAGGCCUGAGGGCCAGGCACCAGAGGCAGGGUUUAGUGUUUCUGCACCUGAGUUCUCUGUGGGGCACAAGGGCAGCAAGCCAGGCAUGACCAUGGGUGGGAACCUCCAAACCCCGCAGCUAGACGUCAGUGCUCCCUGUGCCAGUGUUGAGGGGAAGCUGAAGGGCCCCCAGAUUACCGGACCAUCACUUGAGGGAGACCUAAGCCUGAAAGGUGCCAAGCCACAGGGGAGCAUAGGGAUGAACAUCUCUGCUCCAAAAGUCAAGGGCAGCAUCACUGGCCCCAGUGUGGAAGUUCAAGGCCCUGAUGUUGAUGUCCAGGGGCCUGGAGGCAAACUAAAUAUGCCCAAGAUGAAAGUCCCCAAAUUCUCCAUCUCGGAUUCUAAGGGAGAAGGAGCUGGAAUUGAUGUGACACUACCCACAGGUGGAGUGGCUCUUCCUGGGGUCUCUGGGCAUGUCAGCCCACCCAAGGUUGCUACUGGGGGGCUGGAAGGGAAGGUAAAGGGUACUAAAGUCAAGAAUCCUGAAAUGAUUAUUCAGAAACCCAAAAUCUCCUUGCAGGAGGUGGAUCUGACCCUUGGGUCCUCCAAACUGAAAGGAGAUAUUAAAGUUUCCACUCAGGAGGUGCAAGGUGAUGUUAAGGGCCCGCAAGUGGCAGUUAAAGGCUCCAAAGUGGACAUAGAGACACCCAGCCUAGAGGGCACCCUGGCAGGGCCCAAGCUGAGUGGUUCUCCUGGGAAAGUCGGAACCUGCAGUAUCUCUAUGGCAGAUGUAGACCUAACUGUGGGUGCACCUCGAGUGAAAGGGGGUGCAGAUGUCACACUCCCGAAAGUAGAAGGGAAAGUCAAAGUCUCUGAAGUCAAUGUCAAAGGCCCCAGAGUGGACGUCAGUGCCCCAGAUGUGGACAUGCAUGGCCCAGAGUGGAACCUGAAAAUGCCCAAGAUGAAGAUGCCCAAGUUCAGCACUCCUGGAGUCAAAGGGGAAGGUCUGGAUGUAGACGUGAAUCUACCCAAAGGACAUGCCAGUGUUACAGGGCCCAAGGUCAACAUGGAAGCUCCAGAUGUCAACAUAGGAGGCCUGAAGGGUGAACUCAAAGGCCCUGAUGUUAAGUUACCUGAAAUGAGUGCCAAGACACCCAAGAUCUCCAUGCCUGACGUAGAGCUGCAUGUCAAAGGCACCAAGAUAAAAGGAGAGUAUGAUGUCACAGCACCAAAACUCCAAGGGGAACUGAAAGGCCCCCAGGUGAACAUUAACGCUCCAGAUGUAGAUGUUCACGGCCCUGACUGGCAUCUGAAGAUGCCCAAGAUGAAAAUGCCUAAGUUCAGCGUGCCAGGGCUCAAGGCAGAGGGCCCAGAUGUGGACAUGAACCUGCCCAAGCCUGAUGUGGACAUUUCCGGGCCCAAGGUAGAUGUUAGUGCUCCCGACGUGAGAAUUGAGGGACCAGAAGGAAAAUUGAAAGGACCCAAAUUCAAGAUGCCUGAGAUGAACAUCAAAGCCCCAAAGAUCUCCAUGCCAGAUGUACAUUUGAAAGGCCCUAGUGUAAAAGGAGAAUAUGAUGUCACAACACCAAAGAUUGAAGGUGAGAUUAAAGUUCCUGAUGUUGAACUCAAAAGUGCCAAAGUGGACAUCGACGCCCCGGAUGUGGACGUGCACGGCCCAGACUGGAACUUGAAGAUGCCCAAGAUGAAAAUGCCAAAAUUCAGCAUGCCUGGCUUCAAAGCAGAGGGCCCAGAAGUGGAUGUGAACCUGCCCAAGGCCGACAUUGACAUCUCAGGACCCAAGGUUGAUGUUGAAGCCCCAGAUGUGAGCAUUGAAGGACCAGAAGGAAAGCUGAAGGGUCCCAAGUUCAAGAUGCCUGAGAUGAACAUCAAGGCCCCAAAGAUCUCCAUGCCUGAUGUGGACUUGCAUAUGAAAGGCCCCAAGGUAAAGGGAGAAUAUGAUGUCACAGUGCCAAAGCUGGAAGGUGACCUGAAAGGGCCAAAAGUAGAUGUCAGUGCCCCAGAUGUUGAAGUUCAUGGUCCUGAUUGGAACCUAAAGAUGCCCAAGAUGAAAAUGCCCAAAUUCACCAUGCCUAGUCUCAAAGGAGAAGGCCCAGAACUGGAUGUGAACCUGCCCAAGCCUGAUGUGGACCUUUCUGCACCCAAGGUAGAUGUCAGUGCUCCAGAUCUGAGCCUUGAAGGACCUGAAGGGAAGUUGAAAGGCCCCAAAUUUAAGAUGCCUGAAAUGCACUUCAAAGCUCCUAAGAUGACUCUGCCUGAUGUUGACCUCGAUCUUAAAGGACCCAAAAUGAAAGGAAAUUUAGAUACGUCUGCACCAAAAAUAGAAGGCGAGGUAAAAGUUCCAGAGGUGGAAAUCAAAGGCCCCAAGAUAGAUGUGAAAGCACCAGAUGUGGACGUACAAGGUGGAGACUGGGGCCUGAAGAUGCCCAAGAUGAAAAUGCCCAAGUUCAGCAUGCCAGGCUUCAAAGCAGAGGGCCCAGAAGUGGAUGUGAACCUGCCCAAGGCUGACAUUGACGUCUCUGGACCCAAGGUUGACAUUGAAGCCCCAGAUGUGAGCCUGGAAGGACCAGAUGGGAAGCUGAAGGGCCCCAAGUUUAAGAUGCCAGAGAUGCACUUCAAGGCUCCCAAGAUCUCCAUGCCUGAUGUACACUUGAAAGGCCCCAAAGUCAAAGGGGAUGUGGAUGUGUCUGUGCCCAAGAUAGAGGGUGAAAUGAAAGUGCCAGAUGUGGACAUCAAAGGACCCAAAGUGGACAUUGAUGUCCCAGAUGUGGAUGUUCACGGCCCAGACUGGAACUUGAAGAUGCCCAAGAUGAAAAUGCCCAAGUUCAGCAUGCCAGGCUUCAAAGCAGAAGGCCCAGAAGUGGAUGUGAACCUGCCCAAGGCCGACAUUGAUGUCUCUGGACCCAAGGUUGACAUUGAAGCCCCGGAUGUGAGCCUGGAGGGACCAGAAGGGAAGCUGAAGGGUCCCAAGUUCAAGAUGCCAGAGAUGCACUUCAAGGCUCCCAAGAUCUCCAUGCCUGAUGUGAACCUGAAUCUUAAGGGACCAAAACUGAAGGGAGAUGCAGAUGUGUCUUUGCCUGAUGUAGAAGGUGAAAUAAAAGUGCCAGAUGUCAACCUUAAAGGACCCAAGGUUGAUGUCAGUGCCCCAGAUGUGGACAUGCACGGCCCAGACUGGCACCUGAAGAUGCCCAAGAUGAAAAUGCCCAAGUUCAGCAUGCCUGGCUUCAAAGGAGAAGGCCCUGAGGUGGAUGUGAACCUGCCCAAGGCCGACAUUGAUGUCUCAGGACCCAAGGUGGAAGUGGAAGUUCCAGAUGUGAACAUUGAAGGUCCAGAUGCAAAACUAAAGGGUCCUAAAUUUAAGAUGCCAGAAGUGAACAUAAAGCCUCAGAAGAUAAACAUGCCAGAUGUUGGUUUGCAUUUGAAAGGUCCUAAAAUGAAAGGAGAUUUUGAUGUUACAGUCCCAAAAGUAGAAGGAGAGAUAAAAGCUCCUGAUGUUGACAUUAAAGGGCCCAAAGUGGACAUCAAUGCACCAGAUGUGGGAGUUCAUGGCCCAGAUUGGCACCUGAAGAUGCCCAAAGUGAAAAUGCCCAAGUUCAGCAUGCCUGGCUUCAAAGGAGAGGGCCCAGAAGUGGAUGUGAACCUCCCCAAGGCUGACAUUAGUGUCUCUGGACCCAAGGCAGACAUCAGUGCCCCAGAGGUGACUCUUGAAGGUCCAGAGGGGAAGCUAAAGGGUCCCAAGUUCAAAAUGCCAAGCAUGAGUAUACAGACACACAAAAUUUCUAUGCCUGAUGUUGGACUUAAUCUGAAAGGCCCGAAACUGAAGACUGAUGUGGAUGUUUCCCUUCCUAAAGUGGAAGGAGACCUAAAAUUGCCUGAAGUAGAUGUGAAAGCUCCUCAGGUGGGUGUGGAUGUUGGUGACAUUGAUAUUGAAUGUCCUGAAGGAAAGAUAAAAGGCCCUAAAUUUAAGAUGCCUGAGAUGCACUUCAAGACUCCCAAGAUCUCCAUGCCUGAUGUACACCUGAAAGGCCCCAAAGUCAAAGGGGAUGUGGAUGUGUCUGUGCCCAAGAUAGAAGGUGAAAUGAAAGUGCCAGAUGUGGACAUCAAAGGACCCAAAGUGGAUGUUGAUGUCCCAGAUGUGGAUGUUCAUGGCCCAGACUGGCACCUGAAGAUGCCCAAGGUAAAAAUGCCAAAGUUCAGCAUGCCUGGCUUCAAAGGAGAGGGCCCAGAAGUGGAUGUGAACUUGCCCAAGGCCGACAUUAGUGUUUCUGGCCCCAAAUUGGACAUGGAUACUCCUGAUUUGGAUAUUGAGGGACCAGAAGGAAAAUUGAAAGGCUCUAAAUUUAAGAUGCCUAAAUUGAAUAUCAAAACUUCCAAGAUAUCCAUGCCAGAUGUGGACUUGAAUUUGAAGGGACCCAAACUGAAAGGCGAGAUAGAUGCUUCUAUGCCAGAACUGGAAGGUGAUAUCAGAGGUCCACAAGUUGAUAUCAAAGGUCCCAGCGUGGACGUGGAGGUGCCUGAUGUCGACCUGGAAUGUCCUGAUGCAAAGUUGAAGGGCCCUAAGUUUAAGAUGCCCGAGAUGCACUUCAAGACCCCCAAGAUCUCCAUGCCUGAUGUACACUUGAAAGGCCCCAAAAUCAAAGGGGAUGUGGAUGUGUCUGUGCCAAAAUUGGAGGGAGACUUGAAGGGCCCCAGCAUGGACGUGGAGGUGCCUGACGUCGACCUGGAAUGUCCUGAUGCAAAGUUGAAGGGUCCCAAGUUUAAGAUGCCUGAGAUGCACUUCAAGACCCCAAAGCUCUCCAUGCCUGAUGUAGACUUACACUUGAAAGGCCCCAAAGUCAAAGGGGAUGUGGAUGUUUCUGUGCCCAAGAUAGAAGGUGAAAUGAAAGUGCCAGAUGUGGACAUCAAAGGGCCCAAAGUGGACAUCGAUGUCCCAGAUGUGGAUGUCCAAGGCCCAGACUGGCACCUGAAGAUGCCCAAGAUGAAAAUGCCCAAGUUCAGCAUGCCUGGUUUCAAAGCAGAAGGCCCAGAAGUGGAUGUGAACCUGCCCAAGGCCGACAUUGACAUCUCUGGACCCAAGGUUGACAUCGAAGCCCCAGAUGUAAGCCUUGAAGGACCAGAAGGGAAGCUGAAGGGUCCCAAGUUCAAGAUGCCAGAGAUGCACUUCAAGACCCCCAAGAUCUCCAUGCCUGAUGUAGACUUACACUUGAAAGGCCCCAAAGUCAAAGGGGAUGUGGAUGUAUCUGUGCCAAAAUUGGAGGGAGACUUGAAGGGCCCCAGCGUGGAUGUGGAGGUGCCUGACGUCGACCUGGAAUGUCCUGAUGCAAAGUUGAAGGGUCCCAAGUUUAAGAUGCCUGAGAUGCACUUCAAGACCCCAAAGCUCUCCAUGCCUGAUGUACACCUGAAAGGCCCCAAAGUCAAGGGGGAUGUGGAUGUGUCAGUGCCCAAGAUAGAAGGUGAAAUGAAAGUGCCAGAUGUGGACAUCAAAGGGCCCAAAGUGGACAUCGAUGUCCCAGAUGUGGAUGUCCAAGGCCCAGACUGGCACCUGAAGAUGCCCAAGAUGAAAAUGCCAAAGUUCAGCAUGCCUGGCUUCAAAGCAGAGGGCCCAGAAGUGGAUGUGAACCUGCCCAAGGCUGACAUUGACAUCUCUGGACCCAAGGUUGACAUUGAAGCCCCGGAUGUGAGCCUUGAAGGACCAGAAGGAAAACUGAAAGGCCCGAAGUUCAAGAUGCCAGAGAUGCACUUUCAUGCUCCCAAAAUCUCCAUGCCUGAUGUUGACUUCAACUUAAAGGGGCCUAAAAUGAAAGGAGACUUGGAUGUUUCUGCCCCAAAGUUGGAAGGAGAGUUGAAGGGUCCAGAAUUGGAUGUCAAGGGCCCCAAAUUAGAUGUUGAAGUGCCAGAUGUAGCGGUGGAAGGCCCAGAUGGCAAAUGGAAAAGUCCUAAAUUUAAGAUGCCAGACAUGCAUUUUAAAGCUCCCAAAAUCUCCAUGCCAGACCUCAAUCUACACUUAAAAAGCCCCAAGGUCAAAGGAGAGGUGGAUGUAGAUGUUCCCAAAUUGGAAGGUGACCUCAAAGGUGACAUCAGUGGUCCAGAUAUCGACAUUGAAGGACCAGAAGGCAAAUUGAAAGGCCCCAAGUUCAAGAUGCCUGACAUGCAUUUCAAAGCCCCAAAUAUUUCUAUGCCUGAUGUGGACCUGAAUCUGAAAGGACCUAAAAUCAAGGGGGAUGUUGAUGUGUCUGUGCCCGAGGUAGAAGGUCAAGUGCCAGAUGUGAACAUCAAGGGCCCCAAAGUAGACAUAAGUGCUCCUGAAGUUCAUGGCCCAGACUGGCACCUGAAGAUGCCCAAGAUGAAAAUGCCAAAAUUCAGCAUGCCUGGCUUCAAAGCAGAGGGCCCAGAAGUGGAUGUGAACCUGUCCAAGGCCGACAUUGACAUCUCUGGACCCAAAGUGGACAUUGAAGGUCCUGAUGUGAACAUUGAAGGGCCAGAAGGAAAACUGAAAGGUCCUAAAUUCAAGAUGCCCGAGAUGAACAUCAAAGCCCCCAAGAUCUCCAUGCCUGACUUUGAUUUGCAUCUGAAAGGCCCAAAAGUAAAGGGUGAUGUGGAUGUUUCUCUGCCUAAAGUUGAAGGUCCUGAGGUUGACAUAAAGGGCCCCAAAGUGGACAUUGAUGCACCGGAUGUGGAUGUUCAUGGCCCAGACUGGCAUCUGAAGAUGCCCAAGGUGAAGAUGCCCAAGUUCAGCAUGCCUGGCUUCAAAGCAGAGGGCCCAGAAGUGGAUGUGAACCUGCCCAAGACCGACAUUGAUGUCUCAGGACCCAAAGUGGACAUUGAAGGUCCUGAUGUGAAUAUUGAAGGACCUGAAGGAAAGUGGAAAAGUCCAAAGUUUAAGAUGCCUGAAAUGCAUUUUAAGACUCCAAAGAUAACCAUGCCAGAUAUUGAUCUUAAUCUAACAGGUCCAAAAAUGAAAGGAGGCAUGGAAGUCACAGGUCCCAAGGUAGAAGGAGAUCUGAAAGGCCCUGAAGUUGACCUCAAGGGCCCCAAAGUGGACAUUGAUGUCCCAGAUGUGGAUGUUCAUGGACCAGACUGGCACUUGAAGAUGCCUAAGAUGAAAAUGCCCAAGUUCAGCAUGCCUGGCUUCAAAGGAGAAGGCCCUGAGGUGGAUGUGAACCUGCCCAAGGCCGACAUUGAUGUCACCGGACCAAAGGUGGACAUUGAGGGCCCUGAUGUGAACAUUGAAGGACCAGAAGGAAAGUUGAAAGGUCCUAAAUUCAAGAUGCCCGAGAUGAACAUCAAAGCCCCCAAGAUCUCUAUGCCUGACUUUGAUUUGCAUCUGAAAGGCCCGAAAGUAAAGGGUGAUGUGGAUGUUUCCCUCCCUAAGGUGGAAGGUGAUCUGAAAGGUCCUGAAGUUGACAUCAAAGGCCCCAAAGUGGGCGUCGAUGUCCCAGAUGUGGAUGUUCAUGGCCCAGACUGGCACCUGAAGAUGCCCAAGGUGAAAAUGCCCAAGUUCAGCAUGCCAGGCUUCAAAGGAGAGGGCCCUGAGGUGGAUGUGAACCUGCCCAAGGCUGACAUUGAUGUCUCAGGACCCAAGGUGGACAUUGAAGCCCCAGAUGUGAGCAUUGAAGGACCAGAAGGAAAGCUGAAAGGUCCCAAGUUCAAGAUGCCUGAGAUGAACAUCAAAGCUCCCAAAAUCUCCAUGCCUGACUUUGAUCUUAACCUGAAAGGUCCCAAAGUGAAGGGUGAUGUGGAUGUGUCUCUGCCCAAAGUAGAAGGUGACAUUAAAGUUCCUGAAGUGGAUAUUAAAGGCCCCAAAGUGGACAUUGAUGUCCCAGAUGUGGACGUUCAUGGCCCAGACUGGCACCUGAAGAUGCCCAAGAUGAAAAUGCCCAAGUUCAGCAUGCCUGGCUUCAAAGGAGAAGGCCCAGAAGUGGAUGUGAACCUGCCCAAGGCUGACAUUGAUGUCUCAGGACCCAAGGUGGACAUUGAUGUCCCAGAUGUGAAUAUUGAAGGUCCAGAUGCAAAACUGAAGGGCCCCAAGUUCAAGAUGCCCGAGAUGAACAUCAAAGCUCCUAAGAUAUCAAUGCCAGAUUUGGAUCUCAAUCUUAAAGGCCCUAAAAUGAAAGGAGAGGUCGAUGUUUCACUUCCAACUGUUGAAGGUGAUUUGAAGGGGCCUAGUAUUGACAUCAAGGGCCCAAAGAUAGAUUUGGAUGCUCCAGAGGUUGACAUUCAUGGCCCAGAAGGCAAAUUAAAAGGCCCAAAAUUGAAGAUGCCUGACAUGCAUGUAAACAUGCCCAAGAUCUCCAUGCCAGAAAUUGACUUGAAUUUGAAAGGCUCAAAGCUUAAGGGAGAUGUGGAUGUUUCUGGGCCCAAGUUGGAAGGUGACAUUAAAGCUCCCAAGUUGGAUGUAAAGGGCCCAGAAGUGGACAUUUCUGGUCCUAAGCUUAAUGUUGAAGGCAAAGCAAAGAAAUCUCGUUUUAAGCUUCCCAAAUUUAAUUUUUCGGGCUCCAAAGUUCAGACACCCGAGGUGGACGUCAAAGUUAAAAAGCCAGAUAUCGAUGUAACAGGCCCCAAAGUUGAUAUCAAUGCUCCUGAUGUUGAGGUCCAAGGAAAAGUAAAAGGGUCCAAGUUCAAAAUGCCUUUUUUGAGUAUUUCAUCUCCUAAAGUUUCUAUGCCUGAUGUGGAGUUAAAUCUGAAAGGUCCUAAAGUCAAAGGAGACUUAGAUGUUACAGGUCCCAACUUAGAAGGUGACUUGAAAGGACCACAGGUGGAUCUUAAGGCACCGGAAGUUCAUCUUGAUGCACCUGAUGUGGAUGUACAUGGCCCAGAGUGGAAUUUGAAAAUGCCCAAGAUGAAAAUGCCCAAGUUUGGUGUGCCUGGCUUAAAAGCAGAAGGGCCGGAUGUGGCUGUGGAUCUACCAAAAGGAGAUAUCCACAUAGAAGCUCCUAAAAUGGACAUUGAGGGCCCAGAAGUCAAUGUGGAAGGUCUAGAAGGAGGCUUAAAAGGUCCCAAAAUCAAGAUGCCUGACCUGAAUAUCAAAGCUCCCAAGCUCUCCAUGCCUGACAUUGACUUAAACCUGAAGGGACCCAAAGUAAAAGGGGAUGUAGAUGUUUCUCUGCCCAAAGUAGAAGGAGAUCUGAAAGUGUCAGGGGUUGAUAUCAAAGGGCCCAAAGUGGACGUCGAUGUCCCAGAUGUGGAUGUUCAUGGCCCGGACUGGCACCUGAAGAUGCCCAAGAUGAAAAUGCCCAAGUUCAGCAUGCCUGGCUUCAAAGGAGAAGGCCCUGAGGUGGAUGUGAACCUGCCCAAGGCCGACAUUGGUGUCUCAGGACCCAAGGUGGACAUUGAUGUUCCAGAUGUGAAUAUUGAAGGUCCAGAUGCAAAACUGAAGGGCCCCAAGUUCAAGAUGCCGGAGAUGAACAUCAAAGCUCCCAAAAUCUCCAUGCCUGAUUUUGAUUUGAACCUGAAGGGCCCCAAAAUGAAGGGCGAUGUGGAUGUGUCUUUGCCAAAAGUGGAAGGUGACCUAAAAGGCCCUGAGGUGGACAUCAAGGGCCCCAAAGUGGACAUUGACACUCCUGAUAUUAACAUUGAAGGCCCAGAGGGGAAACUAAAAGGACCCAAAUUUAAGAUGCCAGAAAUGCACAUAAAGGCUCCCAAGAUCUCCAUGCCUGACAUCGAUUUAAACCUGAAAGGCCCCAAAGUAAAGGGUGAUGUGGAUGUUUCCCUGCCUAAGGUGGAAGGUGACCUGAAAGGCCCUGAAUUUGACAUCAAAGGCCCCAAAGUGGACAUUGAUGCACCAGAUGUGGAUGUCCAAGGCCCAGAUUGGCACCUGAAGAUGCCCAAGAUAAAAAUGCCAAAGAUCAGCAUGCCUGGCUUCAAAGGAGAGGGCCCAGAAGUGGAUGUGAACCUGCCCAAGGCCGACAUUGACAUCUCUGGACCCACAGUGGACAUUGAAGGUCCUGAUGUGAACAUUGAAGGACCAGAAGGAAAGUUGAAAGGUCCUAAGUUCAAGAUGCCCGAGAUGAACAUCAAAGCCCCCAAGAUCUCCAUGCCUGACUUUGAUUUGCAUCUGAAAGGUCCCAAGAUCAAAGGAGAUGUGGAUGUUUCCCUGCCUAAGGUGGAAGGUGAUCUGAAAGGCCCUGAAGUGGAUAUCAAAGCCCCCAAAGUGGACAUUGAUGCACCAGAUGUGGAUGUCCAAGGCCCAGACUGGCACCUGAAGAUGCCUAAGAUAAAAAUGCCCAAGUUCAGCAUGCCUGGCUUCAAAGGAGAAGGCCCUGAGGUAGAUGUGAACCUCCCCAAGGCUGACAUUGACAUCUCAGGACCUAAAGUGGACAUAGACACUCCUGACAUUGACAUUCAUGGCCCAGAAGGGAAACUGAAGGGCCCCAAGUUCAAAAUGCCUGACCUGCACCUCAAAGCACCCAAGAUCUCCAUGCCUGAGGUUGACCUGAACCUGAAGGGUCCCAAAGUGAAGGGAGAUGUGGAUGUGUCUCUGCCCAAAGUGGAAGGUGACCUCAAGGGCCCUGAAGUUGACAUCAAGGGCCCUAAAGUGGACAUCGAUGUCCCAGAUAUGGAUGUUCAUGGCCCAGACUGGCACCUGAAGAUGCCCAAGGUGAAAAUGCCCAAGUUCAGCAUGCCUGGCUUCAAAGGAGAAGGCCCUGAUGUGGAUGUGAACCUGCCCAAGGCCGACAUUGGUGUCUCAGGACCCAAGGUGGACAUUGAUGUUCCAGAUGUGAAUAUUGAAGGUCCAGAUGCAAAACUGAAGGGCCCCAAGUUCAAGAUGCCGGAGAUGAACAUCAAAGCUCCUAAGAUCUCCAUGCCUGACAUUGACUUAAACCUGAAAGGUCCCAAAGUAAAGGGCGAUGUGGAUGUUUCCCUGCCUAAGGUGGAAGGUGACCUCAAGGGCCCUGGAAUUGACAUCAAAGGGCCCAAAGUGGACAUUGAUGCUCCUGAUGUGGAUGUUCAUGGCCCGGACUGGCACCUGAAGAUGCCCAAGGUGAAGAUGCCCAAGUUCAGCAUGCCUGGCUUCAAAGGAGAGGGCCCAGAAAUAGAUGUGAACUUGCCCAAAGCUGACAUUGAUGUCUCAGGACCCAAGGUGGGCAUUGAUGUUCCAGAUGUGAAUAUCGAAGGUCCAGAUGCAAAACUGAAGGGUCCCAAGUUCAAGAUGCCUGAGAUGAACAUCAAAGCACCCAAAAUCUCCAUGCCUGAUCUUGACUUAAACUUGAAGGGCCCCAAAGUGAAGGGUAAUGUGGAUGUCUCUCUGCCUAAAGUGGAAGGUGACCUCAAAGGCCCUGAGAUGGACAUCAAGGGCCCCAAAUUGGACAUUGAUACUCCUGAUAUCAAUAUUGAAGGUCCAGAAGGAAAACUGAAGGGGCCCAAGUUUAAGAUGCCAGAGAUGCACAUUAAAGCCCCCAAGAUCUCCAUGCCUGACUUUGACUUAAACCUGAAAGGGCCAAAGGCAAAGGGUGAUGUGGACCUUUCACUGCCUAAGGUGGAAGGUGACCUGAAAGGGCCAGAGAUGGACAUUGAGGGUCCUGAAGGGAAACUCAAAGGACCCAAAUUUAAGAUGCCUGAUGUGCAUUUCAAAACCCCACAAAUCUCCAUGAGUGACAUCGAUUUGAACUUGAAAGGACCAAAGGUAAAAGGAGAUUUGGACAUUUCUGUUCCUAAACUGGAAGGAGAUCUGAAAGGCCCCAAAGUGGAUGUUAAAGGCCCUAAGCUGGACAUAGACACUCCUGACAUUGACAUUCAUGGCCCAGAAGGGAAACUGAAGGGCCCCAAGUUCAAAAUGCCUGACCUGCACCUCAAAGCACCCAAGAUCUCCAUGCCCGAGGUUGACCUGAAUCUGAAGGGCCCCAAAGUGAAGGGAGAUGUGGAUGUGUCUCUGCCCAAAGUGGAAGGUGACCUCAAGGGCCCUGAAGUUGACAUCAAGGGCCCUAAAGUGGACAUCGAUGUCCCAGAUGUGGAUGUUCAUGGCCCGGACUGGCACCUGAAGAUGCCCAAGGUGAAAAUGCCCAAGUUCAGCAUGCCUGGCUUCAAAGGAGAAGGCCCUGAUGUGGAUGUGAACCUGCCCAAGGCUGACAUUGGUGUCUCAGGACCCAAGGUGGACAUUGAUGUUCCAGAUGUGAAUAUUGAAGGUCCAGAUGCAAAACUGAAGGGCCCCAAGUUCAAGAUGCCGGAGAUGAACAUCAAAGCUCCUAAGAUCUCCAUGCCUGACAUUGACUUAAACCUGAAAGGUCCCAAAGUAAAGGGCGAUGUGGAUGUUUCCCUGCCUAAGGUGGAAGGUGACCUCAAGGGCCCUGGAAUUGACAUCAAAGGGCCCAAAGUGGACAUUGAUGCUCCUGAUGUGGAUGUUCAUGGCCCAGACUGGCACUUGAAGAUGCCCAAGGUGAAGAUGCCCAAGUUCAGCAUGCCUGGCUUCAAAGGAGAGGGCCCAGAAAUAGAUGUGAACUUGCCCAAAGCUGACAUUGAUGUCUCAGGACCCAAGGUGGACAUUGAUGUUCCAGAUGUGAAUAUCGAAGGUCCAGAUGCAAAACUGAAGGGUCCCAAGUUCAAGAUGCCUGAGAUCAAUAUCAAAGCUCCCAAAAUUUCCAUGCCUGAUGUUGAUGUAGAUUUGAAAGGACCCAAAGUCAAAGGAGACUUUGAUGUGUCUGUCCCUAAGAUGAAAGGUAAUUUCCAAGGCCCAGAAGUAGACCUUAAGGGUCCAGGUUUGGAUUUUGAAGGCCCUGAUGCCAAACUCAGCGGCCCGCAUUUGAAGAUGCCAUCACUGGAUAUAUCUGCCCCCAAAGUAACUGUUCCUGAUGUCGAUUUGCAUCUCAAGGCACCCAAAAUUGGAAUUUCUGGUCCCAAAUUGGAAGGUGGAGAACUGGACCUGAAGGGGCCUAAUGUCGAUCUAGACGCUCCAAACUUAGAUGUGCAUCUGGAGAGCCCAGAUGUAAACAUUGAGGGACCAGAUGUCAAAGUCCCCAAAUUGAAGAAACCCAAGUUUGGAUUUGGGGCAAAAGGCCCCAAAGCUGACCUGAAGUCACCUUCGGUUGAUGUGACUGUUCCUGAGGCAGAGCUGAACGUCGAGACUCCUGACAUCAGUGUUGGUGGCAAGGGCAAGAAAAGUAAGUUUAAAAUGCCCAAAAUCCACAUGAGUGGCCCUAAAAUUAAAACCAAGAAACAAGGCUUUGAUUUGAAUGUUCCCGGGGGCGAAAUCGACGCCAGUUUGAAGGCUCCUGAUGUAGAUGUCAGCGUGACCGGGCCGGACGCCGCACUUAAAGUCGAAGCGAAAUCUCCAAGAACCAAGAAAAGUAUGUUUGGAAAAAUGUACUUCCCGGAUGUAGAAUUUGACAUUAAAUCACCCAAAUUUAAAGCGGAGGCCCCCAAAGUGGAGGGUGAAAUCCAGGGCCGUGACCUGGAUAUGUCUUCACCAGGGCUGAAUGUGGAAGGUCCUGACAUCAAGCUGAAGGUGCCGGGUGUGGACGUGUCAGGGCCCAAGAUAGAGGGCAGCUUGAAAGGCCCCAGGGUGCAGGCAAACUUGGAUGCACCUGAUGUCAACAUCGAGGGCCCAGAUGCUAAGGUCAAGGCACCAUCAUUCAACAUUUCGGCCCCUGAUGUGAACGUUGGCUUGAAAGGACCAAAGGUGAAGGGCGAUGUCCCCAGUGUGGGACUGGAAGGGCCAGACAUCGAUCUGCAAGGUCCAGAAUCGAAAAUCAAGUUCCCCAAGUUUUCAAUGCCCAAGAUUGGCGUCCCUGGCGUGAAAAUGGAGGGCGGGGUGGCUGAGGCCCAUGCCCAGCUGCCCUCGCUUGAAGGAGGUGUGAGCUCACCACAGGUUAAGCUUGUGGGGCCCGACGUGUCUCUGAAGGGGCCAAAAGUAGACUUGCCUUCAGGGAACCUCUCGAUGCCAAAAAUCUCUGGACCUGACCUGGACCUGAACUUGAAAGGACCAAAUGUGAAGGGAGACCUGGCUGUCUCUGGUGACAUUAAGUGCCCUAAAGUAUCAGUAGGUGCCCCUGACCUAAGCUUGGAGACCCCCGAAGGUGGCUUUAAACUUCCCCACAUGAAGCUGCCCCAGUUCGGCAUCUCCUGUCCGGGGUCCGACUUGGACGUUAAUGUCAAGGGGCCACAGGUCACUGGAGAUCUAAAGGGGCCGGGCAUGGACAUGAACCUCGGAGGACUGAACUUGAAAGGGCCUCAGAUCUCUGGCCCUCAGAUCUCAGCGCCGGAUGUGGACUUGAACGUGGAAGGACCAAAAGUGAAAGGGAGCCUUGGGGGCAUCGGUGAGUUGAAAGGCCCCUCUUUUGGAGGAGGUCUUCCAGGCAUCAGUGUUCAAGGCCUGGAAGGGAACCUCCAGAUGCCCGGAAUUAAGGCCUCUGCAUGUGACAUGGAGCUGCAAGGGGUGAACGUGAAACUCCCCACCGGGCAAAUUUCCGGCCCUGAAAUCAAAGGCAGCCUGCCAGGAAUAGGUGUCCACGGGGCCGCUCCCGACAUUAGUGUGAAAGGGCCUUCACUUCAUACGGCGUCUCCGGGGUCCAAUUUUGGUAUUGGCUUGAAGGGCCCAAAAAUCAAAGGAGGUGUGGACGUUUCAGGGGGUGUCAGUGCCCCAGAUCUCAGCCUGGGGGAAGGGCAUAUGAGUGUCAAAGGUUCCGGGGUUGAGUGGAAAGGACCCCAGGUCUCCUCUGCUCUCAACUUGGAGGCUGGGGGACUUCAUUUCUCAGGACCAAAAGCAGGAGGAGGUGUGAAAGGUCAGAUUGGACUCCAGGGUCCUGGGCUGAGUGUGUCUGGGCCUCAAGGUCACUUGGAAAGCAGAUCUGGAAAAGUAACAUUCCCGAAGAUGAAGAUCCCCAAAUUCACCUUCUCUGGCCGUGAGCUGGUUGGCAGAGAAGUGGGGGUGGAUAUCAAUUUCCCCAAAGCAGAGGCCAGUGUCCAGCCCGGCGCCGUAGAGUGUGAGUGGGAAGAGUCCGAUGUAAAACUUAAAAAGUCCAAAAUCAAAAUGCCCAAGUUCAAUUUUUCCAAAACUAAAGGGAAAGGUGGCAUCACGGGCUCCCCAGAGGCAUCCAUCUCGGGGUCCAAAGGGGACCUGAAGAGCUCGAAGGCCAGCCUAGGCUCCUUGGAGGGAGAAGCGGAGGCUGAAGCAUCUUCGCCCAAAGCCAAGUUCUCCUUAUUUAAAAGUAAGAAGCCGCGGCACCGCUCCAAUUCCUUCAGCGACGAACGGGAGUUCUCUGCACCAUCCACCCCGACCGGGACUUUGGAGUUCGAAGGUGGGGAAGUGUCGCUGGAAGGUGAAAAAGGCAAAGGGAAACACGGGAAGCUGAAAUUUGGUACCUUUGGUGGAUUAGGGUCAAAGAGCAAAGGUCAUUAUGAGGUGACUGGAAGUGAUGACGAGGCAGGCAAGGUACAGGGGAGUGGAGUGUCCUUGGCCUCUAAGAAGUCCCGGCUGUCCUCUUCUUCCAGCAACGACAGUGGGACGAAGGUAGGCAUCCAGCUUCCCGAGGUGGAGGUGGUGGUUUCCACAAAGAAAGAGUAGCAGGCCUCCGUGUACAUAGGUGUAUAAAAAGAUCCAUCAGCUUCGGGUGUGUUUGUAUAUAACCUCCCAAGAGAAACACGCCGACAGCCUCAGCAGCCGUGCGAAGACCCGGCCUCUGCCAGCGGCAGGUGCCGACGGGCCAGCCGCCCUUAAGCUCCCGGAGCUUCCCAGAUAGGUCAAGAGCUCCGCGCUCCGCCAGCCCACGCGUGCAGAGUCGCAGUGCCUGCCUGAGGGUUUCAGUGUUGUUGCUGUUGUUGCAUUGUAUGCUGAGAGCUCCUGUUUACUAUGCAAGCUUUUGUGUUUAUUAUCCUCAUUUUUACUGAACGUUGUUAGUGUUGGGGUCAUGGCAACCCACUUUUUCAUUGCAAGGAGGACUUUGGGGGCUUUUGUUAGCAAGGGGGGGUGGGGGUGGGGUAGAAAGGCAGUAGAGCGGGGCCAGACCUCUGUUUUCUCCUAAAAUCCGAUCUACUCAAACAGCAGACACCCAGGGGGCCGAGAGGAGGUGGCAGGCCGGGUGUGUGGGUGUUGUUUUAGAAUUCUCUCCAGCAGUGCUUUUCCCCCAGGGGUGGUGGUCCCAGCCGGUGGGGGGCUUCAGUCAGAGGGAGCUAGGAACUGUGUGCCAAUGGGCCUACCCACGAGCCAAACACCGGGGCUUCCGUUCCGUGUGUUGGAAGAGAAACGUUUCCUUCGUGGCCACCAUUUUCCUGAUUAGUUCUGAUUUCUUAUAACAACUGUUAUCAUGAUUAAGAAAUUUUCCCGCACUUUAAUGGCAACCUAAUUAAGAAUGUAAGAAAAUUUGACGCUGUCAAAGGCAAAUAAAGCUGUGUAUUAACCCUGA